UAGUCGAUAAUGUAUCCACUUUUGUCAUUUUUUUUUGGACUUAUGAUCACGUUCAGUGGAUUUAUUUAUCAAAUAUGCUAAUUCUUAAACCAUCAAUGAGGUGCGGAAGCCAAAAUGCAUGAUCUCAACUUGCACUUAUAUAUUUAUAUCUUAUAUCUACCAAUAUAAAGUCCAAUCCAAAGUCUUUGUACUUAUUACUCCUCAUUAAGUCAAUGAACUCUAUUUCUCCAUUUCAAUCUAAGCAGCAUGAACGGAAUACAAACUAAUUAUGGUCGUACCAACGAUCUCAAGGCGUUCGAUGAACGAUAUUUUUUAAGAAUAAACACUUUCAAAUAAACACUUCUAGACGAUAUAUAUGUAUAGGUAAACACUUUCAGAUAGAUAGAUUUUAAAUCUAUCGUAACAAUAACAUAGUUAUCUCAAGAAUAUAAGUAUAAAAUCCUAAGAAUAAAACUAAAAAUCUAUGUUUUCUUCCCCCUUUCCCUUUCUUUAGGUCUUAAUCCUUUUAUCUUAAAAUGAUACUAAUUCUACCAAUUAAUUAAUGAUACAUUUGUUUAUAGCUAAUAAUGCUUCCAUUGGCCCGCCAAUUUCUUUUCCUUUAAUCAUGUUUAAUUGCUUUUCUUAAUCAAAUUUCCUUAGUCAUCAACGUCAUAACUCAUACGGCAGCUAAAAUGAUACUUAUCUAUACUAAUAUAUUAAAAGGCGUGCCUAAGCCAUUUUACUCCAUAUAAUCCACAACAAUAAAAAAAAAUUAGAAAUUGCAUAAUGUAAGGUUUAAUCCCAAAACCUCAAAAACAUACCCUAAAAUCUUAAUUAUAACCACUCGACCAAAUAAUAAUUAGUGUUAUCAUCUUAAAUUAUAAUAUUAAUAAAUGAAAAUUUUCCCCAGGGCAUCGCCCGGGCCUAAUAACUAGUUCUACCAAUAUACAGGAGUCUUUAGACAAAUUUGUUUAUAUCCUAAUCAACCAAUGAACUCCAUUUACAUCUGAUAAUUUUCAUCAUCAAAACAAAAGUCUACUAGAAUUAUUGAACAUCAUUCUAAAUACCAUGGAUGAAACACAAAUAACUAACGAUCGUCUCCUCAAUCUUAAGGCGUUCGACGAACGAAAAACCGGGGUGAAAGGGCUGGUGGAUGCAGGAACAAGUAGUAUUCCUAGCAUAUUUGUACGACCAGUGGAGGAUCGUUUAAAAGAUUUGUGUACUUGUCCUAAAAACAUAAGUGUGCCCAUCAUAGAUCUUGCUAAAGUUGCUACUGAAAGUAGUGAUCAAACUAAGAUUGUAAAAGAAAUGGUUAAGGCAUCACAAAAUUGGGGAUUUUUUCAAGUGGUAAAUCAUGGGAUUCCCUUGGAAUUGUUGGAAAACAUGAUUGAAGGAACUAGGAUGUUUCAUGAACAAGAUGUUGAAGCUAAGAAGGAGAUUUAUAGUCGUGAUUUUCAUUCAAAGAAGGUUGCGUAUGUUUCCAACCAUGACUUGUAUAAAUCAAAGGCUGCUAAUUGGAGGGAUAGUUUGUCUCUAAACACAAUACAUAGUGCUGGUGUAUUUGAUCCUGAAGAGCUGCCUUCAAUAUGCAAGGAUGUAAUAUUAGAGUAUGUCAAGCAUAUACUUAAGCUUGGUGACCACAUACUUAUGUUGCUAUCAAUGGGUCUUGGACUCAAACCACAAUAUCUUGCAGAACUUGAAAGUAGUAAAGGUUGGUCCUUAACUUGCCACUACUACCCAGCAUGUCCACAACCACAACUGACAUUAGGGCUCCGAGUUGAUGGACAUGCGGAUAUCUCAUUCAUCACAAUACUUCUGCAAGAUCAAAUCGGCGGUCUCCAAGUUCUUCAUGAAAAUCAAUGGGUUAAUAUUGAGCCUAUCGAUGGCGCCUUGAUUGUUAACAUUGGAGAUGCACUUCAGAUUGUAUCUAACAACAUGUUGAAAAGUGCCUACCAUAGAGUGAUUGCCAAAAGUGUUGGACCAAGGAUUUCCAUACCCUUAUUUUUCACAGGUUUUUUCUCAUCUAAGAAAGUAUAUGGUCCAAUUAAGGAGUUAACAUCAGAAGAAAAUCCACCUAUUUAUAGGGAAUUUACAAUUGAGGAGCUCCUGACAUACUUCUUCUCCAAAUCCCUUGAUGAACUUGGAGUUGAUUAUUUCAAACUUGGAUGAAUGGCAUGAAGAUGGCGAUUAUAUAUUACGAGGGAUAUGUAUAAUAAUCUAUGAAUGAUUUUCUUUAUGAAUUCAUGAAGGUUUAUUGAAGUGUUUAAUCUUAUCAACAUGGUUUUGCUGAUUUAGAUUUUUAUUUGAUCAAGAUUGUUAUGUAUUUCUGGUUAGUUUUGAUUUCUAUUGUAGGUGCAAUUAUGUAACAGUUUCAUUUAAUAAAUUCAAUUUUACAUUGAUAAAAA